AUGCAUCUGGACCCCAACCAACAACGGUUGUUCGUUUCAUGGACAGUGAGACGGAGCCUGAGCUGUGGUCGUUAUCCACACGGCAAGAUUGGGACAAUUGGCUAUCGAAUUCUGGCUCUUAGAGAUGGAGAGACCGAGACCAUAAUUCAGCGAAUCGAAACGAGAAGGGCCACCUUUGGCCAAGAGCGGGCAGAUGAGUUGUUCAAAAGUAGCUUCAAUGAGAAGCGCCGCUCCUACAGUUGGCCAAAUGGUAAGCAGCUGACGCCGGGCCCCAACGUCUCAAGCAAGCAUGAAGCUUCACUCAAAGAGACCAAGGGCUCCGCAAGGGCAGGCCGUGGGCUCCGACAUAUGCCGUUUGAUAAAGAAACCUUCAGCGAGAUCGGGCGCAAGUUCUUCGUGCAUGGGUCAAUAUCUAGGGCUGUCAGCCGCGCUAAUGUGCCCUUGUUCUCUCGCGCUCGGCUUAGUAUGGGUAUAUCGGUUCAAGAUUACUGCUUGGACGAAGACAACAAGUCCAAACAUGAUGCCAUCGUCUAUAACUGCCGCUCAGCUAACACCUGGAGCAACGACCUCGCAUUGACGGCCACAUAUUUUCACCGGGGCCAACUCACAUACGGGAUACUACUCGGAUGCACUGCAGACGUAGAGAGGCGGGUGCUCAACCGGGUGUCUCUGGCUAAGGAGCAGGGCUUCCAUCCACUUCUCCUGGCGGGGAUUUUCUCCGAGAUCGAGAGAGAAAGAUUGAUUGAAGUCGUAGACACAACAAUUGAUCGAAUCGAGGGAGCCAUCUUCGACCUUGACUCCAGAGGCAGCGUGCUCGACGAACCUGAGGCACCGCCGGCGCUGCUCCCCGAAGACGACGGUUUGCAGCACCCAGACGGGGAGAGAUACGAGAGAAGGACAGCUUGGCUGAACACCACAUUCUUGCAGAACAGGUUGAACAUCUGGAAGAGACAAGUGCUCAAAAUGAUCGAACACGUCGAUGAGCUAUGUGCAGAGCCCGCAACGGAUUGCGGUGGAUCCUCGCCACCUCUGCGGGAGGCACAGUGCGCCCUCGGGGCUGUAACGGAUGCUGAUCGGUCGUUCACGCGAACGAGCUGCCUGAUCAAAGAAAGAUUGCAGUCGCUUGUGGAGGAGCUGGACGAAAAGAUAGAAGACUGUAACAUGAGGGUCGAGGGGAUGGCCAUGGCUACGCAAUGGGCCCAUGGCGAUACAAACAUGGAUAUUGCCCGAGCGGCCGGACGUGAUUCAAGUCAAAUGAGGUCGAUAUCCUUGGUCACCAUGGUUUUCCUACCUGGGACCUUUUUCGCGACUGUUUUCUCCAUGACCUUUUUUGACUGGGGUGACGGUGGAGCUAGCGUGUCGACUCACGGGCUGCUGAUCCACCACUGA